GACAGCCGACAGCCGACAGCCGACAGCCGACCAGCAACCAACGUGAGGCACGGGCAGUUACUCGUCCCGACUCAACACACAUGGCACUCAUUAGCAAGAGCCGAGGAUGGACGGUCGAGUCUACAGAGUCCAAUGCGGAGCUUGGAGGAGCGUAUUACAAGCCUGUGCUGGAAGACCCGGCCGAUGACUUGAGGUGGUACGCGAGGUACUUUGUGUGCGCGGAACACUGCAACUUUGUGGGCAAGGCUGAAGGCGACAAGGGAGGACCGUUCUGUGUGUCUGUGGUGAGGGAGAUGGAGAACUUUGUUCCGAGAGUGAGAGGCAUCGUGUGGACGGUUCAGAGAAAGCAGCAUGUCUUGUUUGAGGUCAAGAAGCACAGGGACUGGAAAAAGUCGUUGGUGGAGGUGCUCAAGGCUGCGGGUGCACACGAGCUGGCCAAGGGCGUGAAGAAGAUGGUGGUGGCAAACUCGCCGACAAUGCGGUCAGAGCUGAUCAAGCUUGAGGAGUUUCAGACGCCAACAGCGUACAAGAUUGGCGUCCUGUAUGUCCGUGCGGGCCAGAGCCGCGAGGAGGAGUUCUUUGCCAACGACUGCGAGCCCGAGGUGGACACUGCGUUUGACGAGUUUCUCUCGCUCAUCGGCACCCGCAUCGCGCUGCAGGGGUGGAACGGAUACCGUGCUGGGUUGGAUGUGGAGGAAGGGGGAACGGGCGAGACGUCCGUGUUCACCUCGCUCCGCGGGUGCGACGUCAUGUUCCAUGUCUGCACAAUGCUCCCGCACGACACUACCGGGCAGGAGGUCCAGCGGAAGCGGCAGAUUGGCAAUGACGUGACAGCGAUUGUGUUUUGCGAUGAGGGCGCCGAGUUUAAUCCGGCUUCGAUCGACUCGCAGUUUCUACAUGUCUACGCCGUUGUCCGGCCGCUGGCGGGUAAGCCCGGAAUGUACGAGCUCUCAUACUGUCGGCAAGACAGCGUGCGGCCGUUUGGUCCGCUCCUCACCUCGCCACGGUUCACGGCCAACGCCGCGUUUGUCGACUUUCUCCUCACCAAGCUCAUCAACGGCGAGCGGGCGUGUCUCAAGUCUGCGCCGAUCUUUGUGCACACCUACCAGCGGACGGUGCGGACGACGCUCAACACGCUGUACGAGGGCCUCAAGAACGACAAGUCGCCCGACUCGCUCGCGCCGCUGGCUGACGGAAAACUGGUGCCGACGUCGUCGUCGACAGCACUGGCGGUCGAUACGGGUCCGCGCGCCGGUGUGCCGCAGCUUGAGACCUCGGACUCGAUCUUUGUCUGCACCGAGCUCGCCGCCGCGCUCAAGAUUGAGAUUCUCUCACUGGUUGUGUGGCGCGAGUCGUUUGUGUAUGCAACUGUGGACGGGCUCUUUGUGUGCGAGGCUGGCAAGGGACUUGCCAACCCACGGCUGGUGUGCAAGACCGGGCUCUCGAAGCUUGUUCUCCGCGAGGACAUUGGCAUUCUGAUUGGCGAGCCGUGCAAAAAGGGCAAGCUCCGGUUCUGGCUCCUGGCGCAGCUGGAAAACUAUGAUCCAAAGACGGUGGUAGAGAACAAGGUGGCGAACACCAAGGGCCUGCAUGCGUGGGAGGUUGCGCGGCCGAUGUCGUCGACGUACCUUGCGGUGGGCAAGGGCAAGUCAAUUCUGCUCUACAAGUGGGCCGGGCGAGUCUUUGAGCACCAGCACACGUAUGCGCUCCCAGCGCGGGUCAAAGUCAUGCGGUUCCUCGGAACAUCGCUCAUCAUUGCCUUUCAUCAAGAGUUCGACGAGCUCGAGCUGGAAACGUCCGAGGUGCGCGAGCUGUUUGUGCCGGACCGGUCUGUCGAUCCGCUCGACGUCCUCUUUCUCGGCUUUAAGCAAGGUGACAUGGUCUCGCCGCUCCAGGAGCUCCUGCUCUGCUACGACAACAAGGGCGUGGUGGUCAAUCGGUUUGGCGAGCUCUCCCGGGCAUUUGACCUGCGGUGGACGGCAGCACCGUCGGCCUUUGCCUACCUCGACCCGUAUGUACUUGCGGUGACGUCCAAGUACGUCGAGGUGCGGACAACACUCAAUGGGACGCUGAUUCAGCGACUCACCCUGUCAGAGCCGAUCUCGCUCCUUUCGUUUGGCUCGUCGCUCUACGUCUCGACGGGUGUCCGCGGCGCCGAUGGCAUAAUGUCGAUCUUUGAGAUCAAGCCAAACCUGGCGGUCAAUUUGCUGGAGCUUGACGCCAUCUCCAAUGCGCUCCGCGACCGGGUCCGCUCGCCGCAAUUCAAGGUGACGCGGCGGCCGACGGUUGGCAGCUCGUCGAGCCGCAAUGCGACGCCGGCGUCGUCGACGUUGGCCGCCGCCGCCGCCGCGGCGGUAGCUUCGCCCGGAGCCGCCACCGUCGACGACGGCAAGGUCGAGGCUCUCCUCGCUGCCAUCGACUCGGGCAAGGCGAGUGACGUAACCGAGAUUGUGGAAGCAAGCGCGGAUGCCGUCAGCGAACAAAGCAGCGAUGGGGAGGCGAGCAGCGAGGGCGGCGCUGACGAUGCUGACGACGCGCACGGGGGCGAGCCCGAGUCGACAAUCUCGGAUGCCGGCGUCGAUCCUGCGGCGUACCUCAUGCAGUCGUCGUCGUCCGACUCGGACUCUGGAUUUGAGGACACGCAGGUGGUGGCGAUGGAGGCGGCCGGGCCGAGCGGUUCCGACGCUGCUGACGGCGCCAACCGGGAGCGUGCGGCUGGUAGCGGCAGCGCUAUCCCAACGGAGGUGGCGAACGCGGUGGCAGCGCUCCACACUGCGCUGGAGGCUGCGCGGCCGCGGUUUAUGCACACAGCCGAGGCCGGGAUGCUCGACGCGGCGGUCGUGGCGCUGCAGGCGACCAACUCGUGCAAGGGCCCGGGAUGGGGGCCCGAGUAUUUGCGCGAAGUCUUUCCGCCGCUGGUCCACAUCCUUGGUCUCUUUAUCGACUUUGAGGCCGCAGUGGAGAUGCACGAGCAGAGCCUGGCGACAGCGACGGCGUGCAAGCUGUACGAGCCGCUGGCCGGGGCGCUGGACGUGGUCCGCGAGGCGCUGCCGAGCGUUGAGGCCACUGUGGCCGGUGUGCGGCAGGCGCUAAUGGCAGUCCGGCGAUUCAAGCAGUUCCUCGACUCGCUCAUCGCUUACGCAGCCGACGACGUCCCCGAGGCCACGCUCGGCUCGGUCUCCAACCUCUCAGACGGCGUGGCCGACGCCGCGGCAUCGCUUGUGGUGGCGACCAAGGGUUUUUCCCAGGCGGCCGACAAUGCCGAUGCAUCCAGCGAGGUGCGGACAGCAUGCGAGCUCCUCACCUCGCACGCGCGGCGGCUGUACAAGGCCGCACGGGUCGUCACCGUUCACCAUGACGCCUCACACAUCAUCUCGUAUGCCACCGAAAAGCUUGAUGGCAACGACAAGAGCGAUGUCUCCACCAUCAAUGCCGUCAUCGAUGUCUGUCGUGCCUUGGAAGCGACCAUCAACGAAUGAAUGCACAUAGAAGCA